AUGGGUAAGGGGAAAAAGGGCCAACUCCUCUUUGCACAUUUGUACAAGAGGGCAUAUAUUAGCAAGGCAGAGGAAAUUACCAAGGGAAAAAGUUGCACCGUCAAAAAAAACAAGCUCAAAAAUAUAUACGUAGAUUUUUCCUUGAAUAAAUAUAUCAACAUAAAUAGCCUUAACGUAACCAAAUUUAUUAAAACGCCAAUACAUUACCAGACAUUUAGAGAGCUUGUCGACACGAUAAAGAACGUUAGCAAUGUGAGGCUACAAAACAUUCACUUGGUGAGAAAAAUUGUGAAUUCUAUGGGUGUGUACGUCACGAAUUAUUUAAACAACUUGAGUCAUUUCAACCAUUUGAAUAGUUUAAACCCGUCCAAUGGGGGACUCAACUGGGAAGACAACUUUUACGACAUGGAUAAUUGUGAAGAGGACGAAAAUGCUAUAACCCCAAAUAGCAUCAUUACUGUUCUGAUUAGUCUAUACAAACUAAAAUAUCGCAAUGAGAAAUUUUUGCAAUUGCUAGAAAGGGUUAUAUUUGUAAAGACGGACAAUUUUAAAUUUGCCCAGUUAAAUUUAACCCUCUACAUUUAUGCCUAUUUCAACAGAGUAAAUAAAACAUUCAUAAAUGCUCUACUAAUGAAUAUUUUGGACAAUGAAAAAAUGCUAAAUGCAGAUAACAUUUUGAGCAUUUUCACAUCCUUAUUUUAUUUAAACUGUAAAAAUGAGAAAACAUUAGAUCGUUUGGCAAAUUAUAUCAUUUCCAAUCAUCUACAAUUCGACAUCAAUGUUAUUAUUUUUCUUUUGAACAAUUUGAGGAAGCUCAACUAUUCAAAUAUUUCUCUUAUGGAGUAUUUCCAUGAUCAGAUUAUUCUCAAAUUGUGCUUCCUUCCUCAAGGAGCGGCAGAAAAGGGGAAGAAGCUUGUCGACCCGUUUUUUUUAAAAAGAAAAAUACAGCACAUUAUUGAUGAGGAGAAUCGCAAAGAGAGGGGUUCUUACCCACUUGGUGCAUGUCUUGGGCUGGACCCACAAGAGGGGAAUCUUCACCAUAUGCCACAUGUGAAGGAUGAAAAAAGCGGAGAUAUCCAAUCGAGUUAUUGCCCCCCCAUGGGCAGCAUAGAUCUAAAUUACAACCUAAGUGAAGAAGAUAUAAACAGCACGUACGGAUCAGUGCACAAUAAAUACAUUGUGGAAAAUAAUUACGUAGAUUAUAUUUACGAGUAUUAUAAUGAGAAAGAUCUUGAAGAGGGAAGUAAGAGUAAACUGGACAUCCUCAUGGAAGUACUCAUAUACAAUAAACACUUCAAGGAAGACUUGCUAACCGUUUUGUAUGAAUAUCUUCUGAACAAUUUAAAAUUUUUUAUGAGUCAAAAUGAUAGUGACAUGUGUCGUAUCUUAUCCAAUAUGUAUUAUUUUGAAAUAAAUAAUUUCCCGAACGUUCUGCUGCUAAAUAAAAAAAUGCUCUUAAGUAUGUGUCACUAUUAUGUUCCCUUUUAUAAACGGACCAAUAUCAUGAUUUUUGUGUACAUAAAAUUGCUGUUAGAGAAGCACAAUUAUUUUGACGUGUUUAUCGAUACCAUAUUGAGGAAGAAGAUACAAACGGAUUUGCUAACAUUGGAGGGGAGACAAUUCUUAAAUUUGCUCAAUGAGUGUAAAAAUUAUAGUAUAAGAAAAUACCUUUGUGACAUUUCUUUGGUGUACUUUGAUUUCUUUACUGUACAGUGUUCAACGCAUGGGUUAGAAGAAGAGGGGAACACAUUAGACAAAUGCUAUGGGGGCCACCACCAUGAAUCUACCCCUUCCCAAGUGAUUCACACCUACAGCGAUGAAAAUGAAAACAGAUUUAUAACACUCCAGUUUAACGAAAAAAAUAAGCUAAGCUCCUAUGAUGGGCAAUUUUUAUUACACCUUUUUUAUUUCUACAUCCAAAUGAAGUAUUACGAAGGGAUAUUUCUAUUUCUUAAGAGCUUAUUUUGGGGGGUGAGAAAUUUCAAGAACUUCGACCCAUAUGUAUACUACAAAAUUAAUAAUCACUCUGCCGAUAUUACUGUUAGGGAUCAGGUUCAGGAGGUUCAGAAGGCUGAUGUGUAUAUGAGGCUGAAUGCAAUGCAAAUAAUACAUCUGUACGAAUAUUUUAAGAGUGCCUUUGAGUCAAAUGAAGAUUUUAUCACGCAACAAUGUAACGUGAUAAAUGCGAACCAUGAAAAGGCUCUGUAUCACCACUUCUACGCAUUCAAUGGGGAUAAUUCUGGUGAUGCUGAUGUGGAGGACAUUGUUUCCCCCAUGUCAGUUCAAACGAAACAGAGUAGGCACCCUUUGCCUUGUGAAAAUAAGAUAGAAGCCAGUCCAGUCAGCAAAUAUUUAUUUACCGAAUGGAAGGUUAACUACAUUAGUGGCAAUAACCCCACUGCUACUUCGAAAUGGGUAUCCAGUCGUACGCGUGCGAAUGUACUCGAGGGUGGAGGGAACCAUGGGGGAGUCCAUUUGGAGGGGAAGAAAUAUAACUCGAAGUUACCAAAAAAUGAAGGAUUAAAAAAUGAUCAUGUCAGCAGAAACGGAAAUACCGUCUCAAAAAAAAACAUCCAUUUUGAGAAAAGCACAUUCCACAUAGACAGGCAUGUAUAUAAUGUCCUGAGCAACAUUUUCUUGUACACCCCUGUGGACCUGUUCGCUUUACACAUUCAUCACUUUAAUUCGAAGAAUAUAUUUUUUUUGUUACAGAACAUAAUUUUUAAGUUGAAUUGGCUUAACGUUCAAUACCUAUCCCUUGUAGUUGCAAAAAUAUUUGCCAGAAUGAGUGAAGAAACUUGUCGCGAAACGCAGAAGGAUUAUCUCGUGUAUCUUGAUUUCUUCCAUGAUUACUUACUGGGGGACGAAGGAACAAGUGAAAAGUUUUCUUAUCAGUUGAAGCAGACAAGGGCUACACAAAAUGUUAGUUACUUAGAUGGGGGGGAUAAAAGAUUGCUUAUAAGUAGGAUUCACCAAAAUUGCAUAACGACAUGGAAAGACCAAGAUAAGAUAAAAAAACGCAUCGCAUAUAUAUUGUGCAAAAAUAAGGGCUACUCUAGGUAUGUAAAUAAUGACAUAAUUUUUGACGAGAACUUUCUAAGCCUCCUUGUUCAGCUUGUUUUAAACAAAAAAACAAUUUCUUCCCCUUGUUCCUACUACGACAUGAUGAAUGACAGUUUGCUCCUCAUAUUGAAGUCGUUACGAACGAGGAAAAGAAACCCAAAGUAUAUGCAAAGCGUGGAUAUAAUAACAAAUAUAUUUCUCUUUAGGUAUAUUCAGUAUAAGUAUAGUCAGGAGGUGAAUGAAGACAAUUUGUCCAAAAGGUGUGCAUCUGAAAAGGUGCCUUUUUUACAUCCCCAAGUGAUAGAUAUGCAGGGCGGGGAAAAGGGGCUAUGCCUUAAUUUGGACUUGGAAGUAAAUUCUGACGCCAAAUUGGACUGUCAUUUGGACUUCCAUUUAUCGCAACGCGGAGCCCUUGGAGAGGGAACAGCCGACCAGCAGAACGAGCUACAUGGAAGUAGAAUACGUAACAUUGCUGUGCAGAGAGAAGGGGACAGUCAGCGUUGUGUGAACGUUACGAAUGCGCCUGGGGAUGACAGCCAAAAGGGGGUUUCCAAUUCCCCUAGCUCAACCGACGAGCGCAACGUAAAUGGGGAAAAUCAAAUGACGAAGAAAAAGGAUGCGCUGAGAAGAUACAUACAAAUAUAUUAUACAAUUGUCAAGGUUCGAUAUUUUCACGAAAUGUCUAUCAAUAAACAUAUAUUUCGUGAAUUGUGCUUAAACAGAGAAUAUAUUGAUAAUGCGAUCUUUUUGAACUUGCUGUUUUAUAUAUAUAAAUACAACUUUGACGAAAUGAGAUAUAUCCUCCUGUUGCAGAAAAAAUGUGCGCUGUAUAAGGACUUAUAUUAUACGCAUUCGAAUUAUAGGAUAGUAGAAUUUCUUUGUAAAAAAUUGAAAAUUAAUUUGGACGAUAACGUCAGGAGUAUCCCUUCGAAGCAGACGUCUUAUGAUUAUGAAAAUGUAUAG